AUGUUAGAAAUUCGCGUUGCAGAGAUCCGUGACAUCCCCAAAAUCAUCAAGUGCCAUGAGCGAAACUUUGAGCCGUAUUUGUCUGCUACACAACUUAAAUCUCAUAUGGGUGAGUUCCCCCACCUAGCAUUUGUACUGGAAAGCAAGACCAAAGAGAUCCACGGCUACAUACUUGGCGAAAUGAGAAUUAAAAAGAAACAGGAGUACGGAGUACUGACCUCAUUGGCAGUUAAUAAACGAUUCCGAGAGAAGGGGUACGGUAAGAAAUUGUGCAACUCCCUGUUUAAUGCCAUGAUCCAAACUUACAAAGCGAAUACGGUAACGGUAUACAUCAGACUUACCAACGAGCUUGCAGUACAGUUUUACGAAAAUUUAGACUUUGAAAAUGAAGGAGUCGAAGCAGAGUAUUUUUCCGACCAGACCGAUGCCUAUGUACUGAAGUACAAUUUAACCAACUUUGUCAUAACUGAAGGAGUUGCCAAUUGA